UCUAUCUAUCUAUCUAUCUAUCUAUCUAUCUAUCUAUCUAUCUAUCUACCUCCCAGCGAGCCACAGAAGGAGAUGUUUGCAGGUCUCCAGGGACGUCGUUCUUUCUGGCCCAGGGGCGUGGUUCUCGGGGGUUCCAGCAGCGUCAACGGCAUGCUCCAUGUGAGGGGGUCUAGACACGACUUUGACAGAUGGGCACAGUACACGGGAGACGAGAGCUGGGACUACCGCCAUGUCCUGCCCUACUUCAAGAAAUCCGAGGGUGUGGCAGACGAUCACCUGGCCACCUCCAAUUUCCGCGGGAAGGACGGACCAAUGCGCGUGUCCGUCAUGGGCAAAGACUCGGAGAUGAGUAACAAAAUCAUCCAAGCCUUCCAGGAGAUCGGUUACCCGUACAACAAGGACUACAACGGCAGAACUAUGGAGGGAAUCGGCAACUCCCAGAUGAGUAUGUACAAGCGAGAAAGAUGGAGUACUGCACGGGGCUACAUCCACCCGAUCCUGGACAGGGGAAACUUGCACGUCAGUCUGCACAGCUUCGUGCUCAAGGUCAUCAUCGAUGACCGGAACCGGGCGGUGGGCGUGGAGGUGCUCAAAGACAACCGGAAGAUCCGGGUCAUGGCCAAGAAGGAGGUCAUCCUAUCAGCUGGCGCCAUCCAGACGCCCCAGAUUUUAAUGCUGUCCGGGGUGGGGCCAGCCAGACAGUUACGUGACCUUGGUAUCCAGGUCAAGGCCGACCUGCCCGUGGGUCAGAACCUCCAGGAUCAUGUGUUCUUCUACAUGCCGAUCGCCAUCUCGCAGCCUAUCUCUGUGGACGAGGGCGCCGCGGACUCACUGUGGGCAUAUGUCCAGCACGUUGUCUUCGGCACAGGACCGCUGGGCAGACCAGCCCAAGAGAAUCUGUUUUUCACAAGUAUCACGGAAAGAGCCAGGAGCCUGGAUUGGCCAGACCUCCAGAUCCACUUCUACUCCCGCUAUAUGAACCGUCUGGGGAUGCGGGCUGUCUACUACGACCCUGACCUCAUAGACGAGCUGACUCCAUACCGAGAGGCCUCGCCGUACGGCUGGAUCUGCCGGCCUUCCCUACUCCAGCCCCGAAGUGUGGGAAACCUCAGUCUGUCCAGCCGUGACCCCUUCGACGACCCCGUAAUCCACGCCAACUAUCUGGGCCGGCGAGAAGACAUGGACGUGCUGAUGAAAGGCUUGGACAUUUGUCAGAAAGUCGUCAAGAGCAAAACUAUGGCCCAGAUCGGCUCCCGGCUGACAGAGAGCAAAUCUAUCAGCGUGUGCAGACAGCAUAAGUUUGACAGCCCCGCCUACUGGGAGUGCUACAUCCGGGCCACUCUGCUCACCAUCUACCACCCGUCGGGAACUUGUAAAAUGGGCGGGGAUAAUGACGCUAGCAGCGUGGUGGACUCAGCCCUCCGUGUAAGGGGCGUGGCUGGUCUGCGAGUGAUUGACGCGUCGGUGAUGCCGUUCAUCGUGUCAGCCAAUCCGCAUGCGAAUGUCGUCAUGUUGGCGGAAAAAGUAGCUGACGUUAUCAGGG